UCCUCAGUACCUCUCCUUCUCCCCAUACCUCACACAAUUCAUCUUAGGCCUCAGCUUCCUGCUAUCUUAACCUUCUCCACCUUUCUUUGCCUUUUGCUUCGAGACGCGCACACAUACGUAUAUGUUAGCAUGGCUCGUUCACGUGCCAUGCUCGCGCUGACUUUGGUGCUGGCUCUGAUAUCAUGUUCAGUAGCUCAAAGUCCAUCAGCAGCACCAACAAUGCCACCGAGUUCAAGCACCGCACCCCCUACUGGUGGUACUCCCCCUACAGCAUCCACCCCACCACCCACCUCCAUGACACCUCCCCCUACAGCAUCCACCCCACCACCCACCUCCACGACACCUCCCCCAGCUAUGACUCCAACUUCCGCACCCCCACCGGCCACGUCCAGCCCUCCUUCCAUGACUCCAACAAGCCCAAUGGCUCCUAGCCCAUCAUCAACUCCAAUGGCCCCGAGCCCAUCAUCUACCCCUAUGGCACCAAGCCCAUCAAUAAGCUCGCCACCUGCACCUUCCAUAGCUUCUCCUCCUGGACCAGCGGGAGCCGAUAAUCCAGCAGCAUCAGGACCUUCUCCCUCUACUGCUCCGCCUCCUUCCGUUACGGCUUCGCCAAGCUUUGCUGCUUCUACACGUGAAUACAGCAUGUCCUUGUUAGCAUUGCUCGGAGGAGUUGCACUCUUUGUUUAGGACACAGUUUUUUUCCAAAAUUUUUAAUCUUUUUUCUUUUGUUUAUUUUAUGUAGAUCAAGCUGUUCACUGUGUAUUCUUUUUUUUUUGGUUACAUUCUCUCUCUCUCUGGUUGAUUCUUGGAGCUGCAUUUGUGAUUUGCGAGGUGCCUUUAUUUUUGAAGAUUUACAUUGAAUGUUACAGCUCUUUUGUAGCAUUUUGACUUAGCCUAAUAAAGAGAGACUUUGUGAUUCUUGUUUUGCGUUA